AUGGUAACUAUUGAAAACUUUGAUAAAAGUUUUUAUGAUAGUGAUAAUGAAAGUUAUUUGGAACAAAAUGAUAUAGAUAAUAUUAGACCUACUUUUUCAGAAUUGCAAUUAGAAGAAUUUGAUGAAACAGAUAAUAUAAUUUGCCAAAAUGUUCAAGAACUACAAGAAGAAUGUCGUAAUAUGUCACAUGAUGAUUUAGACAUUUGGAUUAAAGGUCAACUUGCAUCAUUUGCAUAUAGCGAGUUACCAAAACAAAAAAAAAAAUUACAAGAAUUAGAUAAUUUGCAAUUCAUGAUCGUUUUAAUUAUCGAUAUCAUAUGUUUAUCUACUUAUUUAAAAUUAAUUGGAAUUUCUUCAUCCUGUCUUGAUCAAAUUAAGGCACAUAUUAAAAAUUAUGGAAUGGCAAAACCUGUUCAUGAUCAUGCUAUUAUUAAUGAUCAAGUAAAACAAGAGCUUAAUUACUAUAUUCAUAAAUAUGCUAAUUUUUAUGGAUUUCCUUCACCAGUUCGACAUAUGCGACAUGAUGCUAUGUCUAUUGUUUUGCUUCCAAUAAAUACAACAUAUAACAGUAUUUAUGAAAAAUAUAUUAGUACAAUUAAAUUUAUUAAAAGUGAAGAUUAUAAAGCUAUGGCUUAUACUACAUUUCUUAAAAUUUGGAAAGAAGUUGCACCUGAUAUACAAUUUAUGACCAAAGCAUCCGAUUUAUGUGAUACAUGUGAACAGCUUUAUGCUAAAAUUCGGUAUGCUAAUAAUCUUGAAAUUUUUAUAUCUUUGGAGUCUAAUGGUUUAAAAGAAGAAGCAAUAAUUCGUAAUAGUGUUUAUUUUGACCCAUACCAAUAUUUAAAUAUAAUUCCUUUAAAACCUUUAUCUUUAAAACGUCAAACACAACUAUUUAAAGAUAUUCGACCAUAUAUACACAAUCUUACAAAAAUAAACUGUGCUUUGCUCCAGAUUAAUAAUAAAAAUAGAUCUAAAUAUAGAGUAGAAGUAUCAUUUAAAUAA